AGAGCAAAGUCUAGCUCAGAAAUGACUAAAGAAAAGAAAAUCAAGCCAGAUCUUUUGAAAUUACCAACAUAUAUGAACCAGCAUCAUCUAUCUCUGGAAUGAAAACACACAGAUGUAGAACAAGAAAUUGAACAGUCAUAGGGGUUUACUGGCGAAUGCAAGAAUUAUAAAUCCAUAAAGAAGAUUGUCAAGGAGGACUUACAGAGAACAACACAUGGACAUGUGCAGUUGGAACAGAACCCGUCGUAUUUGAUUCGGAAUUGACCAACGGAGAAGGAGAAUUGGUCGAAGGUUCUAGGUUCUACAACGGCGGUCUCAAGGAAGCUACUUGCUUUUCUGCUCCUGCUGGCGUCAGUGGCUUACGGCGUUUCGUCUCGCCGGUCCGUCUUCGACGUCCCCCUCCCGACGACCACUCCAAUUAUACUAACAGCAGCUCCGCCGUGAAAUCCUGGUCGUGGAGGACCUGGAUCGACCCACGGCAGCGAUGGUUCUGUUCGACUUUCGUUGCGGAGGACAUCGUCGUCCCCGAGGAGACCAUUGUGGCCAGAGCUGUUAGGGUUUCCCACUGAAACUUCGCCACCGUCGCCUCCGUUGCUCGACACCGGAGCACUCUCGACCAAUUCUCCUCCUCCGUUGGUCAAUUCCGAAUCAAAUACGACGGGUUCUGCCUCUUCCAACUGCACAUGCCCAUGUGUUGUUCUCUGUAAGUCCUCAUUGACAAUCUUCUUUAUGGAUUUCUAAUUCUUGCAUUCGCCAGUAAACCCUAUGACUGUUCGAUGAGAUUCCUUCUUGAGUCUUGUGUAAGAAACCGAAGACAGAUCCUAAGGAGAGGCCCGUGUCAAUGUUCACGAAAUGUCUUGGUAUUGUUGUUUGUGUUUAUCUCAGCUCUAGCCUAGUUCACAAGCUCGUCAUGUUGCACCUAGUGCUCAAUGAAGUCUUUGACACCCACAAGAAGCUUAAGGAAUUAUAUAACAUCCUUAAGAAGAAGGUGCUGAGUGACAUCCCGAAGAAGCUGAGACAAAUAUUUCACAUACUCAAGAAGAAGGUGCUGAGUGACAUCCCGAAGAGGCUGAGAGAAACCCUUGACUUCCUCAAGAGGAAGUGGAAGGGCCAAGAUAACUGUGAUGUUGAGGAGCAGGCUGCUGCCAAAGAAAAGGAAGCUGAGGAGAGGGAGACACAGAAGGAGGCAGCCGCAAAUAAAGAGUCUGCAGAGAAAGAAGCAACAGCAACAAAAGAGGCAGCAGCAGCAGCAGCUAAUGAGGAGGACAAAAAACCUGCUGACGUGACAUUGUAUGAGCUGUACUUUGCGUUGGUUGGGCGGCUUGCUGAUGUCUUAUCACCUCCUUGGGGUGAACAAGGAGGAAAGUGGUGGCUAUUUUGGACUAUGCUAACUGAAGCUAUGGCUCACAGCUUCCAGUUCGACUUGCUAGUGUUUAAAGCUUUUGUUGGAGGCUAUGUAGUCCUUAGUCUCAUAUAGUCUCAUAUGGCCAGUUCUGCAGCUUUUUAAAGUGGUCGGCAUUUGGAACAGUGAGCUACAGGUUCUUUUUGAAGUAGCUGGUCUGAUCCGUUGAAAACCUUUUCAGCAUAUAGGGGUUACACCUAGUACAGUAGCUUUUAAAUGUAAGGGAAUGGAGGGAAUGGUACACCUAGUACUGAUAGGUCUUAAAUGUAAGGGAAUGGAGGGAGUGGUGCAGAGUAACGAAAUUUCCAUUUUGCAUUUGGCCUGUUUUGUUUGAACUGAUGAGUAAGAUGUAAAUGAUUGAUUCUUUUGUAAAUAGAUGAAGUUUUCUUUUUUGGAA